AUGGACGGUGGGCAAAGGAGAAGAAGCCAAAGAGUCCGUAAUAGACAGGAGGAAGCAGCUUCCCGAUCAAGGUCUCGGGGAAGGCAAGCUAAUCAAAGAACAAACAGAUCUCGAACGCCAUUGGCAAGGCAAGAAACAAGGAGGGGUCGGAGAAGCCGGAGUCCUCAUGUCCCGGAAAGACGCCCCACCAGAAAUAACAGACAAAGUCAGGGAAUAGGACGGGAACGCAGAGAAAGGCAAGAAAAUUCCCCAACACAGGGAACUGAAAGAGUAACAGACAGAGCAAGAAGAUGGUAUUUAAGGACUCGCAGGCGCAGAGACAGAUCGGAAAGUGAAGGAGAAGAUAGGCAAAGACCAGGGAGAAGCAGAUCUCCCUUAAAUCGUGAUGAUGUGCCACCUCCUCCUAUCAAUUAUAUUGCUGGUGUACAGGACAAUAUAGGAAACCAGCCGGCUGAGAAUAAUGAAGAAAAUCGCCAGCCUGUGCCUGUUCAAGAACCUUCUCAACCUGCUAAUGCUCAAGAUGUGGAUAACAAUGAGCCUCCUCUUGCUCAAAAUGAGGACCCUCCCCAACGUAGUCAACAAAAUGAGGACCCUCCUCAACAUAUUCCACAGGAAGCCCAGGGAGAUGAGGACCAGGAUGAAUGCAGCAUUUGCUUGAGUGCGUUUGACCCUGGAGAGGAAAUCAUGCUGUUGCACUGUGGUCACAAAUUUCAUAUUGAGUGCAUUCAGAUGUGGCUGCAGGGACAUUGCACCUGUCCCAUGUGCAGGGCAGUAGUUAUAAUGUAA